CAGCUGAGCAUCCAGACGGACGGAGAGCGGCUGGCCGAGAGCGAGUCCCAGAAACAGGCGCAUGACAAGCUGGGCAAGCUCCUACCCCGGCGCUUGCUGGAGGCCCUGGCGCCCUUCCAGAGGGAAGGGGUGUCAUUUGUGGUGGACCGCGAGGGGCGGGGCCUGAUCGCCGACGAGAUGGGUCUGGGCAAGACCAUCCAAGCCAUUGCCGU